UCCAAACAUAACACAUUCUUCUUUCGCUUUCUCCUUUUUAGCCAUGCCUAGAAAGAAAAUAAAGUUUGAGUUCAUUGAAAAUACCACUCAGAGAAAAGCCUCAUACAAAAAAAGACAAAAAGGCUUCUUGAAAAAAGCUUAUGAACUCAUGACACUUUGUAAUGCUGAAACAUCUAUUGUCACCUAUAGUCCCUACCAUGAUGAGCCUAAGGUGUUUCCAAAUCAUGAUGCAACUAUCAAUACCUUUACAAAGUUUAGGGAGUUAUCGAUGUUGGAAAAAUCAAACAACAUGAUGACUCAUGAAGAGUUCAACAAAAAAAGGAUCAAGAAAAUGGAGAAACAACUGUACAAGGAAAGAAAGAAAAACAGGAUCAUUGAGCUUACAAAUAAGAUGUAUGAAAUGUUGAACGGUAAAGGUACUCCUGCUGAUAUGCACUCUUACGAUCUCAAUGAUCUAAGUUACGUAAUUAAUCAGAAUGUCAAACAAGUACAGGAAGCAAUCAAAACGAAGGUUGAUGUAGAGGGUUCCACAUCGAAUGCCCCUCAACAUAUUGAUGGACUGACAGUACCUGACAGGACUAACUCUGAGUGGCGAAGGGAUCUUCUGUCAGCUCCUGCUGGGGCUCCGGUGUCGAUGGCUUCUCUGAUGACUACUUCAUCGAAGAUUCUCAGUGGGACCAACUCAGAGGGGACAAGGGCUCCUCUGUUGGUUCCUGUUAUGGCUUCAGUAUCGAUGGUUCCUCCAGUGGCUCCAUCGAUGAUUCCCUCAACCGCUCCUUCUCAAGUAGCUCAAUCAAUGUCUCAUUUGAUAGCUACUUGUCCUCAAAUAGUUCCUUCUGAAGGUCCUUCAUGGGUUUCUCCCUCUCCUCAUCUUCCUCUUUCAUUUUCUUCACAAACACAUCCUCCAAUACCCCUCCAAAUAGAUCUUCAAAGGCCUCCUCAUGGAAUGGCCCCUUCAAUACCUUUAUCAAUGAUGGCUCCUCCAAUGUUUCCUUCAAUAAAUACCCCCCAAAUAAGUACAUCAAUGCCAAUGAAUAACUAUCAGAACAGCUCUAUUGACUUCCCACAGAAUCCUGGAUUAUCACCAGAUAUGUUGGAUUGGAAUAAUGAUGACAUAAUGACUUUAUUUGAUGAUUCAUCUUUCAGCAUCAUUAAUGUUCAAGAACCAAAUGGUGACAACAAUUUUUAAGGAUGUAGAACCAAUGUGUCUCUUUUAAUUAGUACUUCUUCAUAUGUCUAAUUAAGUUGUGGCAUCUCUCCAUAUCUCUUUAUUGUGUCCUUACUUAAAAGUAUUUGUCUGUCAUGUUUUAUUUUAUUAAGUCUGCUAUUUUAUUCACU